UCCACCAGACAGGGUCAAAGUCCCUCCACACAGUACUGUUUAACUGAUGAAGUGAUAAGCAACAGCUCAGUUCAUGUGAGUUUUCAGACUGUUUAACAUUUGGUCACAGCUGCACAGGACUUGCAGUCAGCUUGCUGGAAAAGUGUUCAGUAAUGGUUCGACGUGUGGCGGUGAUUGGAGCAGGCAGUUCGGGUCUGGCCUGUGUCAAGAUCUGUGUGGAUGAGGGCCUGGAUCCUGUCUGCUUUGAAAGCAGCGAUGACAUUGGCGGCCUGUGGAGAUUUAAGGAGUCACCUGAGGCAGAGCGAUCCAGCAUCUAUCGCUCCUUGGUGGUCAACACCUCAAAAGAGAUGAUGUGUUUCAGUGAUUUUCCCAUGCCAGCUUACUUUCCAAACUAUAUGCACAACUCUCAGCUCCUGCAGUACUUCACACUCUAUGCUGAGCACUUUCACUUACUCAGAUACAUUAACUUCCAGACCACAGUGAGGAGUGUUACACAAAGACCAGAUUUCUCUCUGUCCGGUCAGUGGGACGUAGUGACCAUAAACAGGGAUGGAGAGGAAGAGAGACACAUCUUUGAUGCAGUCCUGGUGUGUUCAGGUCACUACACCCAGCCGGCCUUACCACUGUCAGAAUUUCCAGGAUAUGAGAUGUUUUCUGGCAGGUGUUUUCACAGCUGGGAAUAUAAAGAUGCAGAUGCCUGCAGAGGAAAGAGGGUGGUGGUGGUUGGCAUUGGCAAUUCUGGGGGAGAUAUUGCUGUGGAGAUUAGUAGAUCUGCAGAGAAGACAUUUCUCAGCACACGACAGGGGGCCUGGGUAGUGGGCAGGAUGUCUACCAAUGGUCUCCCCCUGGACAUGACAGCUAUCACCAGGCUCAACAACAUCCUCAUGAUGCUUCUCCCCAAAGCUCUGGUCAACUGGGCAACAGAGAGAGCACUGAACCACAAAUAUGACCACAGACUGUACGGCCUGAAGCCCAGACAUAGACUUUUGGACCGAAGGCCUCUGAUCAAUGAUGAUCUUCCUGGUCGAAUCCUUCAGGGGGCGCUAGUCAUGAAGCCCAACCUGAAAGGGUUUGUGGAUUCAGGAGUUGUGUUUGAAGAUGGCACAGUGGAGGAGAACAUUGAUGCUGUGGUCUUCUGCACAGGUUAUAAAGGAAACUUCUCAUUCCUGCCUCCAGCUCUGUCUGAGGGGCCUGAUGGAGAGAUGACAUUGUACAAGAGGCUGUUUGCUCCGUCUCUACAACGCCCCACACUGGCCAUCAUGGGACUUUUCCAAACAAAAGGACCAAUCAUGCCCAUUGUAGAAAUGCAGGCACGUUGGGCUGUUAAGGUCUUUACAGGUUUGAGUCAUCUUCCAUCUAAGAAGAAAAUGCUGGAAGUCAUUGAGUCUGAGAGAAAGAGAAACAUGAACAGCUACCCCUGCCCACGACAGGCUGCUCUCCAGGUAGAUUACAUCCCAUACCUGGAUUUCAUGGCCAAGCAGGUAGGAGUUCGACCAAACUUCCUGAUACUACUUCUGAGAGAUCCUGUGCUAUGGGUGAAGGUCGUUUUUGGUCCCUGCACUCCGUAUCAGUAUCGUCUCACUGGCCCUGGUCAAUGGGCGGGAGCCCGACACGCUAUCCUUACUCAGUGGAAGCGGGUUGCUCAGCCUUUCACAACCAGAGCGGUACCAGAACCAGAGACCAGGGCAUCGGUCAUUUUUUCCCCCUGGCUGUUGACGUUUGGAGGAAGCGUGAUAAUGGCUGUGUUUCUGUCUAGAGAUAAGAUCAUUCCAGCGCUGCAGGGUGCAGCUCAGAUUCUGGACAGGAGCAAGAUUUUUCUGAGGGACUCCUGGUUCAACAGUUAACCACAAGAACAUGAUAUAAAAUGUGUAAAUAGACACUUACAGAUCUACUAUGAUAAAUACAUUUGCAACAUUAUCUAAAACACAACAAACCAGAGGGCACACAGGUCUGGGAACUGUACAGAGUCAUCUACUAUAUUUCUGGUGUUUUCCUCUUGUGUACUGAGAGAAAGCCAGCCUCCCACUUUUGAUGUGGUGUACAAAUACGAUAGACAACACAGCUGACAAGCUAGAAUAGCUUCCUCUAUUUUUUCCAUCUCCUUAAAAGGUCAGCACAGUUAAGACGAAAGUUUUUUUUAAUUUUUAUUUUAUUGAAAAUAAUGAAAUAACAAUUAUAAAAGAUAUAGACAUGUAAAACAAAGAAGAAACAAAGCGAGGCAGUAAUUAUAACACUACAAAAGAAUAGAAAAUAGUGCAGAUUGUCUCUUUGCUUAGCCCAUCAAAAUAACAGGAAUAAUUAAUAUUCAUUUUGAACUUUUCCAGAAGAUGCAGGAUAUACUUCUAUAUAUAUAUAUUUCUUUCAUUUUAUUGUUAUUACAAUCUGAUAUCCUUCAUGCUUUUUUUUUCCAAUCCCGAGUCAUAGAAAACAGAAGACCAGAAAGUCUGCAUUGGGGGAUCUUGUAUCCUACAACUAAUCUGCUUGUUACGUCUUUUUUUGGGGGGGACUUCUAAAUCAAAACCUGCGAAGCACCUUUUGAAAUGAAAUCAAAAACAACAGCAUCUUGUUUUGAUGUAGAAAUUCAACAUGAGACAUUAUUAACCUACUGUAAUUUAAGGUUUCUACAUAGAAUGAUAGUGCUACUGAGCCGUUUCUGAAUAAAGUUUUAUGUUUAAAUUGAAUAUCUAGGUUAUUUUUUUCCAUUAUAUAUUAUGCCUGUAUCUAUAUAUAGGUAUGGAUAUAUAAACCUAUGUAUACCUUUAAACUUUAUUUUAUUUGGUAUUAAAAAAAGUCUUAAAUGUAACAAAGCAAAAAAAGCAGGAAUGUGUUUUAACAACAUCUCACUGUUAGUUUGGUUAUUUUCUCCUCCAAAAGACUCAUGGUGGAGACUCAGUGUUUUGUCACAGUGAGGUACAGCUGUGUUGAAGUGUAAUAACCAGAGCUCAGCUGGUGGUGUCUGGAAGACACUGAUCAUACUGUGAUGUUUCUGGACAUCUUGGCGCCCCUGAGGAGACAGGUCUCUUCAUUACAAUACAACAUUAGUUUCUUAAAAUCCCUGUGUGAUUCUAACAUUGUCAAGUUUCUGAUCAUUUUUUGCAGGAGUUCCUUUGACUCAAAGUGUCUCUGUACUGAGGCGCAGGUGACUUACAGGUCCUGACCAUGUUUUAUGAUCCAAUACUACAAUUUAAAUCUAGUUUUUUCUUUAUUAUAUAACUUACAGUACACAUUUUAGGCAUGCACUAAACAGUUUAGAUACAUGUUACAGCUGAAUGGCUCUGUAUAAUGAAGUAAGUUAGUUGUUUCUUUAUGUUGUAAUCUCCAGAGUGUCAGUAUGAUCUGCACAGGAUCUACACACAGACACUCUGUAACCUCAGCACCAACAAAAUACUGAAAUCAGAA